CUCAAAUACAGAAAGACGCUUCUUUCUGUAAGAUUUUAAAGAUUUAUAUUUAUUGUAUGAACAAAAUACAAACAAUCGGGUUCGUCUUGGAUUAAGAAGAUAAUUUAGGAAUGAAAUCAGUUUGCUUCUUUUUUAUCGUCAGUAGAGAAUUUAGCCUACUGCCUGAAGUAAAUGGACUAUCACACCAUUAUCUCCGGAGAUGAAAUUUUGAAGGGUGCUGUCGACCAAAAUCAUGUCGGAUUGUAGCUGGAAUAAUAUCCUAUCAACAAAGAAAAAAUAAGGCUUUUUUGCAAUAUUCCGCUCCAACUGCUGCGUCUUUCUGCAGUCUGAGGCGGUUGCAGCUGCGGGGCUGAAGAUGGGCCGCUUUCAUUCUCAGGUUUUCAUGAUGCUGGUGAUGGUAGCACUGCCAGUAGUGGUACGUUGUUGCCCGAAGCCAUGUGCAUGCCACCAGCCCACAGAGGUGCACUGCACCUUCCGUUCCUUACUUACCGUGCCAACUGGCGUGCCCAAACAUGUGCAACGGAUGAACCUGGGGUUCAAUACUAUAAAUAAAAUAGCGUACAGCUCUUUUGCUGGGCUACGAAAACUAGAGCUGCUUUUGAUGCAUGGGAAUGAUAUGAAUCGAAUUCCUGAUGGAACAUUCCGUGACCUCGUAUCCCUUCAGAUGCUGAAACUAAGCUAUAAUAAACUGAAGGUAAUUAGUAGACAAACCCUUAUUGGUCUCUGGAGUGUCACUAGGCUGCACCUGGAUCACAACAAACUUGAGUUCAUCAACCCUGAUGCAUUUCAAGGCCUCACUUCUCUUCGUCUUUUGCAACUGGAGGGCAACCAACUUCAGCAGCUCCACCCAGCCACCUUCUCCACUUUCUCCAUUCUUGGACACUUCCCAGUGUCCACCCUGAAGCACCUGUACCUGUCUGAUAAUGCCCUUACCACACUGUCAAAGUGGAUGCUGGCAGGCAUGCCAUAUCUAGAGAACCUGUCCUUGCAUGGGAACCCCUGGACCUGUGACUGCCACAUGAGAUGGUUCAAAGAGUGGAAUACAAAUUCGCAAGGUGUGUUAAAAUGUAAGAAGGACAAAGCUUAUUAUGAAGGCCAGCUCUGCCCUUUGUGUUCCUCUCCAAAACACCUAAAGAAGAAACAACUUCAGGAUUUAGAGAGGCCCACUUGCAAUAGUCCCGUUCUCAGCACCCCACACAGAGUAAUUUCCUCUGAGGACACAGAAAGUGAACUCCUGACGAUGGAUGAAUUUCGUCAACCCCUUGGCAACAUUUCCCUGGGCCUGUCAGAUGAACAUGGAAAUCAAGUAGACUUGAACUGCAUUGUCACUGAGCCAAGAGAGCUGACUAGCAUAGGCUGGGACUAUGUUAACCAGUAUCAAAUAUCAGCAAACCUGACUCUGACAUUAGAUCUAGAGUGUCCCAUUGAUAGGUCCAAUUAUGAGAGGUUGUGGAGAUUGAUUGCAUAUUACAGUGGUGUUCCAGCCCACCUUCAAAGGGAAAUUAUGUUAAGCAAGGACCCUUACAUUAGCUUCAGAUAUCGGCAAGAUGUUAAAAGGGAUGCUCUUUACUAUACAGGAGUGAAAGCAAACAUAGUAGCUGAGCCAUCCUGGUUAAUGCAGUCAUCAAUGGACCUCCAGCUUAACAGACUUCAGUCUACAAGUAAAACUGUUCGACUCCUUCUAAGCACCCAUCUGACUGAAGUUGUGGAGACUGAAUCUUUAAGACAGCAGAAAAGGGGGUGGGUUAUAAUUGAUUCCAAAAAUGACACUAAAACUAUGCAGGUUGCUGUGGUGGGAAGUCCUGUUGAGAUAAGCUGUGCAAUACAUAGCUCUGGGAAUCAGUCAGUGAAAUGGAUGCUCCCUGAUGGCUCUACAUUAAAAACACCUUAUAGCAGUGGUGAUAACAGGCUCUCAGCUUCAAGUUCUGGCUUGCUUGAAAUCAAAUCUCUUGAUCAUUCUGAUUCAGGAGUGUACUAUUGUAUUGCACAGGUCUCCGAUGACCUCACUAUCCUCCCUUUUCGUCUGACAGUGGAGGAAUCUUCCAGCCCACCUCCUGGAGGUGAAGGAGUAACAGAGCCAAUUACAAGAUUUGCAGGAGGAGUUGUUUCCCUUCCUUGUGUUGCCACUGGGUCGCCUGAUGCUGAUGUACACUGGAUUAUUCCUGAUGGAAGCAUUGUAAACAAGUGGGUAAACAUUUCCAAGACAGUUGUGUCAUCAAACGGAACUCUGAUUAUUCGACACAGUCAGAUUUCAGACAGUGGAUCCUAUAAGUGUGUAGCAGGAAACCAGCAUGGGAUGGACACUUUGGUAACAAAAGUAAUAAUAGCAAGACCACAAGGUAUCCUCCCCUUAAGGAAAUACUCCAGCAGGCCUCAACCUGCUGAGGGACUUUCAACCAAAAUAAAAGUAAUCAUGACAAAUGAUGUGGAGUCAUCUGGGGAUAAUGAACCUGAAGAGCUUUCUGAGAAAGCCCUUCUGAGGCGUGCUGAUUUACCCAGUGGAAGGAGGGUCCCAAAUAUGGGAAUAAGAGGUGGCCAUACAUCUAGGAAUUCUUGGAGACGCCCUGUUAUGCCAAGGGGAAGAGUAGGUACCACGGGAGGGGACAGGGUUAACACUGUAGAGUCAAGAAGAAGAAUAAGUAUAUCAAACAACCAAAUAGAUCCAAAGCGCUGGGCUAGCAUUUUGGCAAAAGUUCGCAGUGGUGGAACUAGUACAAAAACUACUAAUCCAAAAUCAGUUCAUAGCAGUACAUACAGAAUACAGGAGUCAGAGACUGCCUACACAAAGAAGUCAGAAACUACUAACAGGAUUGAAGGAUCAUCUGCAGAAGGUACAACAAAAAUAGUACCAUUUGAAGAGGCAUUGUACGCAGUCACAAUGUCACAGAUGCCAUUUCUGGUUACUAAUUACAACAUGGACAUAAGACCUCUGGAUUCUGAGGACCAGAGACAUGUUAUUUACCAGAUAGCUGCACCUGAAACUGAUAUGAAUUCAGAUGUGUUUACAGCUAGCACACAUAUUGCACAAUCAACAAUUGGUCCACAGAUGACCCAUUUUACUGUGGGACAUUCAGAAGUUGCAGAGGGGUUUAAAAUAAGCACUAUGUUGAGCACAAUGUCAUAUGGAACUAAUUUACAGAAAAAACAAAGCCACACAAUGGAUGAUAGCAGAGUAGCUGAAGCAUUGCAGAGUUCAUAUGAUGACGUUGAUCAUGAUGAUGAUGAUAAUGAAUACAGGGUUUUAAAAAGUCUUGAACAUGUAGGACAGGAUUAUCAAGGAAAGACUUAUUACAGCUUAGCAUCAACCUCCACAAAGGUCGACACAGAACCAAGUGGAGAAACAUAUGGUGAUGCCAACUCGUUUAUUGAAAUCCUAACUACAAUUAAGCAAGGAACACAGCUCCUACAAAAGCAAAAUAUAUCUCAGCUGCAGAAAAAUAAUAUCUCAAAAAUUCCACUGUUUACUACUGUGACACCAACCACCAAACCCACUUCAGGAAAUAAUAAAGCAACCUCCUCUAAUUCACUUACUGCUUCAUCCUCACGUGCUAGUAACUCAUCCAGCAAGAGGAGGACUGGUGGAAGACGUAGAAAGCCUAAUAGAAGUAGAAGUAAGACAAACAGUUUUAAAUCAUCUGUAUAUCUCACAAAUGCCCCCCCACAGCCCACUUCAUCUUUAAUUUCUGAGGUCACGAAUGGGUUUUCAGUCGUUACUAAGACAACGGCUUUCUCUAAAACUAAUAUUGAAACAUCUCAAUGGGCCAAAAGUGCAGGAGCCAAGAUUAAUACUACUGUUCCAUUAACUCACAGCCAACUACCGUCACUAGGCAAAAUGACUCAUAAUGAGAACACAGAUCCUUUAUACAGUGGCAGGAAUCACCAAACCCAUAAAUUCAUACACCAAAAAAAAUGGUCUGUUACAAAGAAUAGAGACUCACCUAAUGCUAAGGCAACUAAAGAACUCAAAAGCACCACAACAGUUUCAGUGACUCCAUCAACAUCCAUUAGUUUUGGAAGAGAAGAAGAGAAAGCAACUUUGCACAAUGAAACAAAAUACACAUUAUCUCCUCCAAUUACAAAUCCUGCAGUGAAGGCAGCUGACCAUGAGCGGUUUACUAGUAUCCAUACCCCUGCAACUAAAACUUUUGAAGAGACACAACAGAAAAUAAUUACAGAAGAUGCCAGCUCAAGCCCAACAUCAGAUGACUCCCUUGAGAGCUUUCGAGCACAAUCAGAAGAGAUCCCAGGUGAAAGUCCAGACAAAACAAACAACCAAUAUAAACCUACAGACACUGAAAAUGUGAUGUCAUCCAAACAGCAUGUGAGGAUGUUUCCACUCAGGCUAUUCUCUUCAUCUUCCCCAAGUACCCAGCAUCAAACCAUCGAAAAUGAUUAUGCAAAAAUCCAACGUGGUUCAGUGACGGCAGUCAUUUUUGAAGGAGCUCACCAGAGUUCACUGAUUCCAACAGACAGGCCCAAAAGCUCUCAACAAUUAAUGCUUGCAACCACACAACCCAGCAGGGUUUCAGCUUAUAGCAUUCACAACAGAAAAGAUUCAACUACAGCUAUGAAUCCUUGGAGUUCAUCAGGAAAUGUUAAUGUGCCUCCAUUUACUAAAGAAAACAUACUUACCACAAAAACAACUACAACAGCCAUAAAGUCCCCUACAGCACAUACAAAUACGCAUUGCCCAAUUACACCCCUUUCUGCAAGCAGUGUAGUUGAAACAGACAAUUCAAAUCACAUUCCUGACAGUCACAAAGAAAGAUUUGUAACCCCAGGCCAGGAAACCAUUGGUAAACUUGAAUUAUCCAGUAGAACAACAUCUACAAUUAGACUAUUUUCUUAUCAGUCACACAGUGUUAAACCAUAUACUGUCAGUGGCACAAAUUUCAAAUCUGAGGUGACAAGAUCUCAAAGAUUAGAGGGAAACAUCCAUAAAAAGACCAUUACAAAAGCACCCAUAACUCCAACAUUGUCUUCAAUAUAUUCCUCAACUCAGCAGCAAUUUUCUAUGAGGCAAGGUGUUCAGAGUAGUGGCAACUCUACUGUACAUUACAUCAUAUCAGGAGGAGUUCAACAAAAACAAACAGUAGUGCCCGAGGGUAGAAGAAGACCUCAAAUCACCAGCACAGACAUUAGCUCUGUUGCAGCACAGACCGAAUCUGAUGCAUAUUUGCCCUGUGUUGCUGUGGGGAUGCCCAAUCCUUUCCUUUCCUGGACUAAAGUUUCUACAGGAGUUAGUGUCACACAGAACACUAGGGUCCAGAGGUUUGAGGUCCUCUCUAAUGGCACACUCGUUAUCCACAAAGUACUUCCUCUGGACAGAGGCCAGUACCUCUGCAGUGUCCAAAACCAGUAUGGAGAGGACAAGACCAUGGUUAAUUUAAUUGUUUUGGCUGAACAACCUAGAAUACUGCAGACACGCUAUAGAGAAGCCACAGCAUACCUUGGAGAAAAUGUUGUGCUUGAUUGUCAGUCUCAAGGGCAUCCUCAGCCUCGAAUCACCUGGGUCCUCCCUGAUAGGGCAAUGGUACAUUCUGGUGGACCUACUCAUGGCCCGUCUGAUCAGAGAAUCUCAGCCUCAUCCAAUGGCACGCUUCACAUAAAAGCGGCCAGACACACAGAUCGAGGAAUAUACAAAUGCAUUGCUAGCAAUGCAGCAGGUGCUGAUGCCAUAUCUAUUCGACUCACUGUUGCUGCCUUGCCACCAAUCAUUCAACAGCCAAGGCACGAGAAUGUCACUCUUCCAGAAGGAAGCACUGCCCAAUUGAAUUGCAUUGCCCAGGCUGCCCCUCCCACUUCCAUUAGCUGGACUACCCCUGAUGACAAGCAACUCCAUCCCUCUCAGUUUAGUAACGGACGAAACUUGUUUGUCUUCCCCAAUGGGACACUACAUGUUCGUAGUCUUUCUCUGACAGAUACGGGUAGAUAUGAAUGCACAGUAACCAAUGUGGUUGGCACAGCACGGAGGGCCAUUAAUUUGACUGUAAGGAAAUCCAUAAUAUCCUCCAGGGCCAGGAUUACAUUCUCAUCAUCUCAAAAUACAGACGUGGUCUAUGGAAGCAGGUUGCACCUGGACUGUAUUGCAUCAGGCAACCCAGAACCAAGGAUCAUCUGGAGGACUCCAUCCAAAAAGCUUGUAGAUGCUCACUACAGUUAUGAUCCAAGGAUCAAAGUAUCUGCCAAUGGUACACUAUCCAUCCUCUCUGUGACAGAGAAAGAUGAUGGUGAAUAUCUCUGUGUUGCUCGCAACAAAAUCGGCGAUGAUUUUGUGCCCCUUAAGGUCAGCAUCCUAACAAAACCAGCCAAAAUUGAGCAGAAGACAGAGGUGGAUAGGACUGUAUUGUAUGGAGGUAACCUAAAGGUUGACUGUGUGGCCUCAGGGCUACCCAAUCCAAAAAUCCAGUGGGCAUUGCCUGAUGGCACCAUGAUCAACAAUGUCAUGAAGCCUGAACAUCAUAUUGGAAGUCGAAGUCAAAGGUAUGUUGUCUUUGACAAUGGAACACUCUUCUUCAAUGAAGUAGGGAUGCGUGAAGAGGGUGACUAUACUUGUUAUGCUGAGAACCAGAUUGGUAAAGAUGAGAUGAAAGUGCAUGUUAUUGUAGUUGCAGAUGUGCCUGUUAUUGAGAAUAAGACACAGGAUAUCGUCAGGGUUCUCUACGGAGAAUCUGUCUCUCUGAAAUGCAGUGCCAAAGGUGAGCCAACACCUCUUAUAUUGUGGUUCUCACCCACUAACAAAGUCAUCACUUCAGUUUCAGACAAGUAUAUUAUAGAUACUAAUGGGACUCUAUUCAUUCAGAAAGUUCAGCGAUUUGAUGGUGGGAACUAUGUAUGUCUGGCUAGGAACACUGCAGGGCAGGAUCGCAAAGUGACCAGAGUAGAAAUCCUUGUCUCUCCUCCAGCAAUUAAUGGUCUCAGAGGCAACACAAAUUCAUUAAGAGUGUCUACUGUAAGAGAUCGGCGAAAAUUGAUUGAUUGUGAGGCCACUGGCACCCCUGCUCCACGUGUCAUGUGGGUUCUCCCAGAGAAUGUUGUUCUCCCUGCACCAUAUUUUGGGAGUCGAAUAACAGUACAUCGCAAUGGCACUCUGGAUAUCCGCUUAGUGAGAAUAACCGAUUCAGGCCAGUUAGCCUGUAUUGCUCGUAAUGAGGGAGGUGAGACAAGGCUUGUUAUUCAGCUUGAUGUAACAGACAUUUUAGAAAAGCCAAAACUUAGGAGUCCCAAAAUGGAGUCAGUCUCACUGACUGUGGGCAGGAUCAUUAACCUAAACUGUUCAGUUGAAGGGUCACCAGCCCCACAGGUGACAUGGAUCCUUCCAAAUGGCUCCCCACUAUUGAGAGGUGGGCAAUUCAAUAAAUUCCUUCACAAGUCUGACGGGACUUUGGUCAUCAGUAACCCUGCUCUCUCAGAGGCAGGCACAUAUCGUUGUUUGGGACGCAAUGCCGGUGGAGUGGUUGAGAGAACAGUUACACUAACGCCAGGGCAUAAGCCAGAGAUCAAUAACAUGUACAACUCACCCCUUAGCAUCAUAAAUGGGGAGGAUGUCCAGCUGCACUGCUUGUCAAACACAGACUCUGUCCGUCUCAGCUGGACCCUGCCAAGUGGGAUGGUCUUAAACCGACCUCAAAGAGCAGGUCGUUAUGCCGUUCUUCCCAAUGGGACCCUCUCCAUCCAGCAAGCUUCUGUCCAUGACAGGGGAUCAUACACCUGCAGGGCUUCCAAUGAAUAUGGAAACUCCCUGCUCACUGUCCCAGUUAUUAUCAUUGCAUAUCCACCUCAUAUUACAAGUGGCCCAGCUCCUGCCACCUAUGCUAGAAGAGGAGUAGCAGUACAACUUAACUGUGUGGUCAUAGGUAUCCCCAAAGCAGAAGUGGCAUGGGAGACCCCAAAUAGAACACGGCUUGUUGCCAGCUCUCAACCACGCCUGUUUGGGAACAAGUACCUCCAUCCUCAGGGCUCCUUAAUCAUCCAGAACCCUACAACAAGAGAUGCUGGAUUCUACAGAUGUACAGCCAGAAAUGUGAUAGGAGUUGACUCAAAAGGUACAUACCUUUAUGUAUACUGAGAAGCAGACAACAUCUUCUGUUCAUAUGCCCAUGGAACUGCAUUGUUGAGCUAUCAUCCAAGUUUGAUAGCAUUUGUCAGCAUUUGUCAAUGUGAAAUAUUGAAUGGAAUCAGCCCAACACAAAAACAUUACAUUAUUUUUUUUAAAUCAUGGGUGCUUAAAAUUACAAUGUUUGCAACAAAAAAUUUACAAAACGUUUAAAGGUACUUUUUUAGAAGCUUGCAAAGCAAUUUAUGUUAGCAACAUAACCAACCUACUGAUAUUAUGAGGUAUCUUUCUACUUUAUUGUUUGACAAUGACAGUUUAUGUCAAAAUGUAUAGAUGAAAAAUACAUUUAAUGGCAUCCUUUUAUUCUGAAUGUCACAAUUUUUCAGGGAUAUAAUUAAUGUAAUAAUACUUCUCUACAUAUUUUUUUCAAUCAUACUUGGAGAACUUGUCAUUGAAUGACACAUUUUCAUAAUCUGUUAUCACACAACUGUGGCUAGAACAUGUUUUUUUUUUUCUUCAGUUUUAAAUUAAUUCUCAGAUUCUCAUUUUAUAAUAGACAACACAGUUGUCUAUUAUAGUGUCUGCAUAUGACUCAUGUCUAAACAGGUCUGUUUAAAAAUGGCUCAAUCUUGUACCCACUUUUAACACGUAUAAAUUAUUUGUCUUUUGAAGACUAAUGUAUUUCUAUUUUCCAUAUUUUUUAAUAAAUAAGACUUUAAAACAUUUUCAUGUCAGCCUUUCUGAGGUCAAAAAAGGUGACCCAUCAGUAGUUGUGACAGUCAUAGCAGACUUGGCCAUAUUAUUAUAAUUAUUAUUAUUAUUUUAUGCUGUUAAGUCAGGUCAGUUAAAUUUGGAUAGUACAUUUCACAAUAAAUAGUUUUAGUUUCAUUACAUACAACAGUUUCAUAGUACCCCCAGUGAGCAAGUGAACACAAAACCUUAGGUAAAGGAAAAAUAAUUUAGAGGAACCACACUCAGCAGGGGGAGCCGGCCAAAUAUAUAUAUAUAAAUGCAAAUUAUCUAGUUAAAUAAUAUGUGUAAUACUAGUCAUAUGUUUAUUUAAGAACAUUUUAAUUAUUUGAUGUUUUAGUAAGAUAAUUAUUAAAUUGUAAUGAUCAUGAUUAAGAAUGCAGGCAGUGGUCAGUAAAUUUUCCCUUGAUGUGAUUUUUAUUUUUAUAGUGUAGAAUUAAGAUAUACUUAGAAUUGUUUUUGAUUAAUGCACGCAUAACUACAAGAUUGACUGCCAAAUUAAGAGUAUGUCUGGCUAAAGAGGUGAGUCUUAAGUCUAGACUUGAAUUGUGAAAAUGCUGUCUGACGUAGUAAACAGAGAGCAGGAGUCAGACAUUUCAACAGAUCCCACACACAUUUAAAGCAUCUGGACCAUUAAAGAACUUUAAAGAACAAUAUCCUUCUGUGGUUUAUAGAAAUGGGUAAGAAAUCAGAAGGAAAUGUUUUUCCAAGAGUGUGACUGAAAAAGAAUAUCCUCUGUGGGAGUUAUUACACUGCCAUGAAAAUGUUAUAGAGAUAUAAAAUAUCAAGGGGAUUUGAGGGGGACCUCAUUUCCUAUAUUUACAAAGAGUAUAGGCCUGGUCCGUAAUGCAUCCUUGGGGUAAAAAAUUUAAUUGCUAAUAAUGAUGAGCUAAUCAUUGAGGAUAAAGUCCCUUAUUUAUCUUGCAUGGUAAUCUGCAUUUCAGCAGAAAUUAUUUAUUCAAGGUGAAUUGCCUUUGUUUAAUUUACCUUCACUGUAGCUUAAUUGUAUAUAUUUGCUCUGUCAUUAGCAUCUUAAUUUAUUUGAGUGCACUGUUCUAUAUUACAAUGGAAGAGUAAAAACAAAAUAACCUUGAGUUUUUUUUUUUUUUUUAACCAUUUUGUGUCUGUUCUGCUACUAACUCAAUGUCCUGCUUCAGUGAAGACAGACAUGAAGCUUGAGCUCCUCAUCUUGAGCACACCUGGGCACGCUUGUCUGCACCGGUUAAGAUGAGACAGUUAAGGGAUGACUGUACAUUCUGAAUAAAACCCAGCUGUCUAGCUCUUUUUUCCAUGAUUUUGUUUUGACACUCUGGAAUUGGUGUUUUGACAGAGGUGUGAAAAAAUAACGAGCCUAAAACUGCAUGUAAUUUAUUCAUAUAGCCUAUAGAGUAUGAAUAGAUCUCAAAAUGUAGUA